UGGUUGAUUGAUUUGUCAUUUGAUUUUGAUGUUAUUGUAUUUUGUUACACGGUUCAAAAGUCGCAAUGAUUGUUUUUUAACUCUUCAAAAUGUUUAAAAUAUUACCAGUAUUUAGUAGAAAUCUCUCUCACGUUUGUAGUUUGAAACCUUACAAAGAGACAAAAUGGCUAAUGCCGUACGGGAAUCCUACGGGUAUUUAUGUGUACAAUUGUGUCGCCGACCAGAAAGUUCCUGUGAUCCUGAGCGAUCCUCACAUCGCCACCUGGUAUUCUUGUGGACCCACCGUCUACGACUCGGCCCACAUAGGGCAUGCCAGCUGCUACGUUAAGCUAGACAUCAUUCAAAGGAUACUCAAAUCAUUUUUCAACAUGAAACUAGUCACAGCCAUGGGAGUCACCGACAUCGACGAUAAGAUUAUCAAAAAAGGUAACGACACUAAAACGGAUUUUAAAACAGUCGCGAAGAAGUUUGAACACGAAUUCUGGCUCGAUAUGGCCAGUCUCAACAUCGAAAAGCCUCUUAUAAUCACCCGAGUAUCGGAGCAUAUCAGUUCUAUUGAGGGUUUUAUUAAAAAAAUAAUCGAUUCUGGUAUGGCUUAUGUUACUCCAGAUGGAUCUGUGUACUUUGACACAAGUAAGUAUCCAUCCUAUGGGAAAUUACAAAGGAUGCAGGAGUCAGGUGAACCUUCAAAUGAUUACAAGAGAAACAAGAUGGACUUUGCAAUCUGGAAAGGUCAUAAACCAGGUGAGCCGUCUUGGCCUGUUUCUUGGGGGGAGGGUCGGCCCGGCUGGCACAUUGAAUGCUCAGCGAUGGUCAGCAAAAUAUUUGGUUCACAAAUUGACUUUCAUGCAGGAGGUAUAGAUCUGCAAUUCCCACACCAUGAGAAUGAAGAGGCACAGUCCUGUGCCUACCACAACUCCCAGCAGUGGGCCAAUUACUGGAUCCAUGUUGGACACCUCCAUGUAAAAGGAGACAGCAAAAUGUCAAAAUCACUAAAGAACACAAUUUCCAUACCACACUUGUUAGAAAAGUACAGUGCAGACACCUUUAGAAUGGCAUGCCUUAUGUCUAACUACAGGUACCCCCUGGAAUAUAGCGAUGAAGUCAUGAAAACAGCUGAAGAAACACUGAAAAAAUUCAAGUUCUUCCUGAAAGAUGUACUUGUGUAUGUGAACAAUAAUGCCACACAGAGCGGGGAGUACAGAGACAAAUUGCUAGAUGAUUUGCAGAAAGCAGAAGAUGCAAACUUGGAAUUUUUGAAAUCAGAUUUUGACACUGCUUCAUGUAUUAAUAAUGUGCUCAGUUUAAUUUCAAGUACAAACAAAAUUAUGAAAAUGCAUACAACAGAGUACUACCCAGUUCCCAUAAUUUUAAUAGCUGAAUAUGUGACGAGUUUUCUGACCAAGUUUGGUCUGACGUUGAAUGAAACUGCACAGAAUGAGGUGUCAAACUCUCUCAUUGACACGUUGGUUGAAUUCAGACAUGUAGUCAGACAAAAUGCUUUGGCAAAGAAAGACAAAGAACUUCUUAGUGCUUGUGACAUGGUACGAGAUAAAAUGAAAUCAUCAAAAAUCCAGAUCAAUGACAGUAGUAAAACAGCCUCCUGGGUUUUCACUAAAUAACUUUUUCUACAUACAUUGUAUACUAUGUUCCCUGUCUGUAUACUAUGAAAUUCUUAUGACUUUGUUAUUUUUAUUUAGCUCUCUUAUAAUAUUACAAAAAGUACUUUUUAUUCCUCAAUUUGUUUCAUAAUAUCUUUCUUUGAUAAUGAAAGGAUUUACCUAAUCCUUCCUACAAGAUAAUGUGAAAUAAUGUAAGCAAUGAAAAUUUUUUGAUUAUUCAGACAACAAAAUAAGUCAUAGUUAGAUGGUGCAACUAAGCCUUAAAUGUCUAAAAUCCUAGACAAAGAAUGCCAAUGUAUCUGUACAAACAAAUGUAUAUUUUAUUUAGUGGUGUUUUGUAAUAUAUUAAGUAGUUAUUGUAUUAUUAUUUUAUUAAGUACAAAAU